ACCUCAGCUUUAUCCAACAGGUCUGCCGUCCGUGACGUUUGCUGGUCAUUAAUAUGUAAGUCGGUAUUAACAUAUUCAGCAGUUUGAGUAGCAGGCUGUUCUGCAGCGUUCCAUGCGAGUGAGCAAGAGAGAGAGAGAGAGAGAGCUGGGCAGUAUCGCGGGUGGUGGAAGAAACAGGGGAGGAAACGUGAGGAAUGGCUAGAAACUGACCGUGUUUUUGUCCAGGAAACAAAUCCGAGAAGCGGGGGGGAAAGAUUCCGAAAAAAAAAUACUGCAACGGACGUGGUCUGGCGCGCUGCGUGAACAUUGACUUGGCUGGGAUCUUGGAUAGCCCAACGUCUGAAGUCCCGAGUUUAAUGGGACAGCGAAAAAGAAAAAAAACGUUAGGUGUUUAUUUGUUUUCGGUGGUGUGACUUAGCCGUGUGUGAAGCUUGCUGUCCACGCCGCAUGAAUCUCGACUGGAGCAAUUUCGCCUUUUACCUUUUGUUGUUAUUAGAAGAACGUGAGGCAAAUACAGACAAAAAUGUACAUUUCGAGCGUGAGACCAAAACGGAAAGAGGAAUUUUGUAUUUGCAGGAUUUAUUCGCUAGUCCACUAAUUGAUCAGAUUUGUUGUUCCAGUCGAAGCCGACCGCGACAAGCCCUAUGAGGCCGAUAUUGUCCUCAUUUUAAGAAAAGCAGUCUAACAACCAUUGAUUUGAAUACACAGGCCGUUUGAGCUCUCCCUUUUUUCAAAACAUGAGAAUUCACUUGUCGGUUAUGCGGAUAUUGCUACUCUUUGGAUGGUGUUUCUUACAACAUGGAAACGCUGGAGAAGGGCAGUCGACUCCGGCGACAUGCUCGCCGCUGUGCCGCUGUGAAGACGGAGGGGCGGACUGCUCGGGACGGGGACUGACCGCAGUGCCAACCGGCCUUAGCGCUUUUACCUAUUACCUGGACAUCAGCAUGAACAACAUCACAGAGCUGCCUGCUAACGUCUUCAGAAACCUACCCUACCUAGAGGAAUUGCGACUGGCUGGAAAUGACCUAUCAUUCAUACAUCCUGAUGCUCUCUCUGGACUUCACCAGCUGAAAGUGUUGAUGUUGCAGAAUAACCAGCUGAGGACGGUCCCCAGUGCGGCACUGAGAAACCUGCAUUCCCUGCAGUCCCUGCGUUUGGAUGCCAAUCACAUCACGGUGGUCCCAGAGGACAGUUUCGAGGGUCUGCAGCAGCUGCGUCACCUGUGGCUGGAUGACAACAGCCUGACCGAGGUGCCCAUUGGUCCGCUGCGUCACCAGGGCAACCUGCAGGCUCUGACACUCGCACUCAACCGCAUUGUGCACAUCCCAGACCACGCCUUCGCCAACCUCACCAGCUUAGUGGUGCUGCAUCUGCACAACAACCGCAUUCAGGAGAUUGGCAAGAACUGCUUCACUGGUCUGGAGAACCUGGAGACGCUGGACCUGAACUUCAACAAUCUCAUGACCUUCCCCGAAGCCAUCCAGACGCUACCCAAACUGAAAGAGCUAGGGUUCCACAGCAACAACAUUGCAGUCAUACCAGAGGGAGCCUUCCAUAAGAACCCACUGCUUCGGGCCAUCCAUCUCUAUGACAACCCUCUGUCCUUCGUGGGAGUCACUGCUUUCCAGAACCUGUCUGACCUCAGCUCUCUGAUGCUGCGUGGAGCAAGUAUGAUGCAGGAAUUCCCCAUUCUCACUGGCACAGUCAAGUUGGAGAGUCUCACUCUGACGGGAACCAAGAUCAGCAGCAUCCCAAAUGACCUCUGUGAUGUUCUCAGCCUGCUGCGCACCCUGGAUCUGUCAUACAACCACAUACAGGCACUACCAUCCCUACAAGGCUGUGUGAAACUCCAGGAGAUAAGCCUGCAACACAACCAGCUCCAGCAGAUAGACAGGGACACCUUCCAUGGACUCAGUGCCCUGCGGAUCCUAGAUCUGAGCCAAAAUCAAAUCAAGUCCAUCCACAGAGACGGUUUUCUAUUUCUGAGUGGCCUAACCAAUCUGGAUUUGAGCCAGAAUGCCCUGAGUGGUGUUCCUACUGCAGGUCUGACUGCUCUAAACCAACUCAAGCUCUCAGGAAACCUGCAGAUGAAGCAGCCCCUCUCAGCACAGAGCCUGCCCAAACUCCGGUCCAUCUCUGUCCCCUAUGCUUACCAGUGCUGUGCUUUCAUUGGUUGCGACACCCUCCUGAGCUCCACACAGGAAGCAGCCAGGAAGAGAGCCUCAGGAGGUGAAGAGGACGUGGAGCGGGUCUCCCUGGUGAUGCACUGUUCUCCCUCUCCAGGAGCAUUCAAGCCGUGUGAUCACCUGCUGGGCAGCUGGAUGAUCCGCUUGACUGUCUGGUUCAUCUGCAUCGUGGCUCUCCUCUUCAACAGCCUCGUCCUGGUUGUCACAUUCAGUCGCCGUGGCGACAGCAGCAUCAGCACCAGCAGCAUCAGCAUCCCCACCCCCCCGCUGUCAUCCACCCGACUCCUGGUGGGCCUCCUGGCGGCCGCCAACCUGCUGACGGGCAUCUACGCGUCGGCGCUGGUUGGCAUAGACGUGUGGGCAUGGGGCAAGUUCGCCCGUGUGGGGGUGUGGUGGGAGGGCAGCGGCGCAUGCGCCACCCUGGGCGCGCUGGCCGUCUUCUCGGCCGAGUGGGCAGUGCUCCUGCUGGUGCUGGCUGCCGUGGAGCGGAGCAUGGCCGUGCGGGCACUCUUGGGCAAGGAGGCGGGCGUCGGGGUCGGCGGAGGAGGCGGUCACCGUGGCAGCAGCAUACGCCGGAGGUUCGGCUGGGCGGCGGUUAUUCUGGCGCUGCUGGCCGCCGGCGCGGGGCUUCUGACGCUGUUGCCAGGCAACGGAGGCGACAGCGACGGAGAGGGCGUGUCAUCGUCAGCCUCGGUGGCGGCGUCGCCGCUUUGCCUGCCGUUCUCGAGCACGUUGGAGCGGGACGGGCGCUGGCUGGGCGUCACCGUGGCGCUGACCCUGCUCAACGCGCUGGCGUACCUGCUGACGGCGGGCAUCUACACGCAGCUGUACUGCGGACUUGGGCGCGCCCAGCUGGUGGACCCCGAGCAGGCGGCCGCCGUGCGCCACGUGGCCUGGCUCAUCUUCACCAACUGCAUCUUCUUCUGCCCAGUGGCCGCCUUCUCCUUCAGCCCCCUGCUGGCAGCCACCGGUACUGCGGGCGGGCCCGACAUCGCCAAGUCCGUGCUGCUCAUCUUUUUCCCACUGCCUGCCUGCCUCAACCCCGUCCUCUACGCCUUCUUCAGCCCCGCCUUCAGGGAGGACUGGCUCCGCCUGCGGGGGCGUGGCCGGAGUGCCACCGUGGCAACGGGCGGCUGCUGUGGAGCGGCCAGGGGAGGGGCUAAGUGGGUUUCCACGGCGACGGGCGCCGGGAUGGUGGGAGGCGUGGUUUGCCAUGGCGGGUUGUCAGGGCUGGAGGAUAGAGUGGCAGAGGAUGAUGAUGAGGAUGACAUGUUGCAAGCUGGCAGAGGGUACGUGUGCGGAUACCGCCAGUUAGGGGUGGGGCCGGCGGUGGCGUGCCAGCACUGCUGCCAGGUGGCUCUGCUGGCGAGGAACUCUUCAUCAUCUGCUUCACCUUCCUCUUCCUCCUCUUCCUCGUCCGCAUCAGGCUGCAGACACUUGGUCAAGUCGCACAGCUGUCCCGCCCUCGCGCCUGGCCACGCCCCCUCUGGCCACACCCGCCACCAUCACCACAGACCCCACGGGCUGGCCCCACGCCCCGAGGGCUUGUGGGAUAGCGGCACGCCGUCUGCACAGUCGGAGUAUGCAGACGAAGGCGACUCGCUGGUGUCGGACAGUUCAGAGCAGGUGCAGGCUUGUGGACGGGCGUGCUUCUGUCACAGCAAAGACUAAACACACACACGCACACACACACCGCACAUACACACACACACACACACACACACACUACUCUUAUAACCAGCCCCGCAGCAAACACUAAACACACACACACACACACUACUCGUGUAACCAGCCUCUCAACAAAGACUGAACACACACACAUAUACAGCACAUAUACACAACUUAUAUAACCAGUCCCGCAGCAAGGACUAAUCUCACACAUACACACACACACACACACACACACACACAUACACACACACACACACUACUCCUACAAUCAAAUGACUGAUCCCAUCCACACACACAUUUUUAUACACACAUACACUUACACAUACUUUUUUCCCAUAAAUGCGAAUACACCCCUCACUUUCUUUCUCAAAAACCUACCCAUCAGCACACACACACUCACACUGACACACUCACUCUCUUUCACACACACCAUCAGUCGGCUCAGGAAGCACUUUCUCCAGACACAAGUGUGAAAUGUUGAAAUAUGGCCUGUUUUCAUUUUUAUUAUUAUUAUUAAAAGGGAAUCGGACAGCGAUUUGCUGAGCUAGAAAUAUCUGGCCACACACACACACACACACACAUAUACACAAACACACAUGCGCCUCUCACCAUUCUCCUGUCCCCACAGCUUGUGUGUGUGUGUGAGAGACACACACACACACAGCGUACCGUACCGUAGCAGAGGAGAAGUGAGGCCCUCGCCUUAGGCACCUGGUGCCUUUCCCGUCCUCUCCUCCCGGUUCUCCACGUUCUCCCGGUUCUCCACGUUCUCCCCUGCUGUUCUGGUCCCCCACGUUCUCCUCCCAUCCUGGUUCACUGACGUUCUCCCCCUUCCGGACCUGGUUCCCCAGUACCCCCCAACCCCCAAACCCCCACCCCCCACCUGGUAGUCAGACUUAAGCUAUUUUUUUACUCAACUUCAAUUGAUAUUUUUGUCUGAACUUUUGUCCGUUAUCCUAAGACACAAGCAGGGAUACAUGUGUCUGGAACUCAACAGAAUUAUUUUUAUUUUCAUUUUUGUCAUUGAUUGAUUGAUUGAUUUAUUGAUUAAUGGACUGAUCGAGUUAUUGGUCAACAGAUCGUCUUUUCUGUUGGGGUCAUUCCCUGCUUUUGAUUAUCAGCCAGUCACAGGGAACCUUGUGUGAUGUAGCAAAUCCCUUCCUCUCCGUGUUAGAUGAUGUGUGUGUGUUUUACUUUCCUUCAUGUUGUUUUAAUAUUCUAGCUGUAUGUUCUGAUUUGAUGUUCUAACUGUAUGUUCCGAAUGUAAUUUAGCGGAAAAGGAGACCAGCACGACAAGGUCUUACAAAGAGUACUUGGGGGCAUUGCCUUGAUUUUAAAAGCAGAAAAACAAAGACUUGUUUUUUUCCUGUUGUUGACUACACAUUGAGAGAAGAGACGUGCAAUGUGUUUCACUGGACACUAAGACCCACCUGGGCCUCAUCCAUUCCCGUAAGAAUGCAGACUGUCGCCAGAGAGAGACUCUCUGUUCAGAGACGGAGGAAAAGAAACCAACGCUGAGCACACUACCUCCUCCUGCUCCUCCUGCUCCUCCUGUUCCUCCUGUUCCUCCUGCUCCUGCUCCUGCUCCUCCUCCUCCUCCUCCUCCUCCUCUCUUUCAGCUUUCCGAAGAGGGGAGGCCACGUUAGCUGUUGACCUCCGCCAAAGUCUGUGUGUUCGCUUGGAUACCCUCAUAUCUGGGUAUACACACACACUCACACGCACCCGCACGCACACACACACAUAUUUAUUGUUUGUUUUCAUUUAGUUCAUUUCAGUAGAAGUGUGUGUG